CUAUAAUAAAUAUUUGAACAAUAAAACUUUGAUUUUGAUAAACGUACACACUGAUGUGAUGUCAGCCAGCAAUGAAUGAGUCGAGCGAGCGGUCCACUACCAGUCAGAUGGUGGCCAGUCGUCCACCGUCCAGACCAUGACUAACUUGACCAUCGUGGGGCCUGUCCAUCGCAGCGGACACCCCCCGCACUGGGCCGCUGAGCACAGCAAGCAGGAGAGCUGGCGAGAGCAAAGUUCGCCAUCGUCUGAGCGUGACAUGCCCGACACCAGCGAUACCCCCUCACCGACCUCCAAAUCUCCCUCGACCUCCUUGGCUUCUAAGGCCCUCAAGCGGACCCAGGCCAAAGAUAGGGCCCGUAAACCCCAAGAGGAAAAUAAAACUGGGGCGGACAAUUCCCGUUUAACCCCCAACAACGCAAGGUCUCCGAGUGUCUCCCCAAAAUCCCCCUCGGUUACUCUCCCUCAAGUGCCCUCAUCCCGUGCCGGCAGUUCCCCUCAUCCCGAUUUCCCAUCACCGGCUUCCCUGAACUCCACCUGCUUCAGCCCUGUCCCCAUGGGUGGGCUGGGGAUACCUGGGCUACCUGGGACACUGGGGUCCAUGGGGUUGUUUGGGGGCGACGCAGGACGCAACCCCGCCAACUCGAUGCCGCGGAGCUGUUCUGAUCUCAUGCGCUCCAUGGCCGCCAAGUACAACAACAACACCAAUAGCCCGCUGCAGUUUUAUGCCAACACGCCCCUCAACGGCUAUCACCGGCCACCGAUCCAACCCGUGGCAUUUUCAUCGACUGGAUUCUUACCAAAUCUUCCAAGUGAUGGCACUUCAUCUCCCAUCCAGUCCCAGAGAACGAUGGAGUCCCACAUUAAAACCCCAGAGUCUUCCCCAAAAAGAAGUGUUGCGGGUGGCGGAUUGUCUUCAGGUAUCCCACAGCAUUUACUCUCGCCCAAUAAUUUUGCGGGCUUGGGGUCGAAUCCUCUACUAGAACUUUCCUCCACCCAGGUCCUGAUCAACAUGGUUCGCAAUGCCUCGACUUUGCAUCAAAAUCAACUCCAUAAAACGUCGUCUGAAAUACAAAACCAGCAAAAAUUUCAGAACCAGUUGCUCCUUCAGCAUCAACAGCAACUUCACCAACAGCAGCUUCAGCAGCAAAAAGACAAGCUGCAAUCAUUUCAGAAGCAAAUCAACGCCGAUGAAUCGCGGCAGGGUUUAAAAAUGUUGGAAAAUUCUCGAGGUCUCAAACGUCCUGCACAUUCAUCCUCACCUUUGGAUUUGUCUGCCGCGGUUCCCAGCAAGUAUGUUAGGACCUCCGAGUCCGACAUCAAUGUCGAAGACGACGAAACUCCAGCGCCACGCUCAUCACAAGACGAUGAUACACCAGCACCACGGACAUCACCUGCGGUCACCAUCUCCCCUGUUCAUGUCAAGAAUGAACAGCCGUGCAGGUCACCAUGCCAACGACAUAUUUAUCCAUUUGAAACCAAAGAAAAUUCGCUCACUUGGUCUGUCGACGAUGUUUACGAUUUCGUCCGAAGUAUCGACAUUUGCGCUGAGUAUGCAGAGAAUUUCAGAGACCAGAGGAUAGACGGAGCGUGUCUGCUGCUCUUGAGUGAAUCUCAUCUCACGGGCAGCCUCAAAAUGAAGCUCGGCCCGGCCCUGAAACUCCGUUCUUUUCUAGCUUUAAGAAAUCAAGCCCAGCAGCCAUCGUUCGCCAGUAUGCCUCAUUACCCUGGGUUUCCACGUUCCUGCACCCACUGCAACUCCAACACCAUCAGCAAUAACAACAACAACAAUAAUUACGGAUUUAAUCAAUCUCUAAUCAAUAAUAAUAAUAACAAUAAUGGUUUAACUGACCAUCACCAUAAGAAACAAAUGAGUUCGUCAUUCCCCGAAGCAUCGCCUCCCCAGAGCCGCAGCAGCGCCGUCAGCCCAGAGAGCGGCGCCCCCUCUCUUAGCUCGCCGCUGCAGACGCGUGACAGCGGCUCCCCCAUGACGCUGGACGCCAGGCAGUCGGCCGCUGUCGAGUAACUCUCGUACCCAGUGAAAAUUCUGAUCAGCUUCUGAUUUGGAUUACCAAGACCUGGGGCGACUCUAAAUUUUGUCAGGGUAGUAAUUCCGAUAAUAACUCAAAAGAUUUGUCAUUACAUUAAGAUGUGCCUUCAAAAUAAAGCCGCCAUUAUUAUUUUUUUUGCACCAGCAGAAGUAAAUGUGAAUUCAGAGGUAGCUACUGGCUGUUAAAUGGGCCCCUGCCAAUAAAAUUUUAAGCAAAUUAACCUCAGCAAAAGUAAAAUAACUAAGUAGGAUGUAUACAAAUGGCACUUUGUUUGGAAAAUUUAAUGAUUUAAUUGUCAAAUGAUUUAAUUGUGUAUCGAGAGAGAGUUCCUGGAUAAGCAAUCAUGACUCAUAACAAUCUUCAUCCAAAGUUUCGAUUACUUUACGCAGUAAAAAAGUGUCUAAUAACAAACAAUUGUUCAUAGUAAUAUUUCAGUCUGUCAAACUAAGCUCAAUUGAUCGAUGGCUCAUUCCGUUCAUUUUUACCAGUUGAUAAAAAUUGAAAGUGAUACACUUUAUUACGGGGUUCCUGCCCUUAGAAAGCUUAUAUGAAAGACAUAUUGUUGCAUUAAUUGCUAUUUAUUCCCAUAGACCUGUACAUACAUGUACAAGUGGUGAUAUUCGCUUAUUGUGAAUAAGGCUUGACUAUUUUCUGCGUUUUCGCACGUGAUGUCCCAUGCAGCGGACAGCGCAGGUAGUCCACUGGAAGCGUAGCAAUUUUCUUCGUGGUUACGAAACUGGGAAAAAAACAAUACAAAAUGAGAAAUGGUGAAUUUUCUGGCUAUUUUCUUUGCUGUUAAAUUUUUUACAAAAUAAUAUAAUGACUUCAUUCAGGAAUUAUAUGAUGCAUGAAUAAUUUUCAAUAAUUUCACGCAUUUGGUUUAGAACGAUGUUUAUUAAAUGAUGCAAUACUUAAAAUACUAUUAUUAUUUGUAAUUAGACUUGACACACUAUGUAAAUAGUGCCACUGUGGUCGGGAGAUUGCAAUAUUAGUUCGUAAGGAUUAAUGUUCAUAAAAGACUUUAAUGUUGUUACCUUCGUUUAUGAGUUUAAGAAACCCAUUCAGUAGAAAACUAUAUACUUUACCGCAAUCUUUAAGUAUUGAAAAUUUGGCGCAAAAACAUAAUUUAAUAUGAUAGUAUUUAUAUUGACAAUAUUUAAGUCAAAAAAUGAUUUUCUCAGAAUCAAUCCGGUCUACCUGAUAGUUUUGCUGAUAGAAUAAAAGUAGCAAUAGGGUGUCAUUGCCUCUUCAAAUACACUGUAUUUAUUUUAUUUAUUUUACGACUUCUUUAAGAAACGCCGGCUCGAGUUUCGCCGGCUCUCACUCAUUCCUUAAAUCCUUUAAUUGCCGGGAAAGUAAUGUCGGAAAAAUGUCACUUAUGUUAAAGAAAUUGUAUGAAUUUAUCUCAUUUUUUUCAAUGUCAAUGAAAAAUUUUUAUUGUUAGACUCUUCAAUGCAUGCCGUCUUCGUCAUGCGAAUAAUAAUAUUCACAACUUAUCACGUAAUUUGUUUGUAGUUGCGAUCUGAAUUGUUCGCACUUAAAAUGAGAAUCGUUUGCACUAAUGAGAGCGUGAAGCGUCGGUGGGAGAAGUUUCAACCCACAGUAAUAUUUGCUUGUUAUUCUGAUAACCAAUUACUUGAGAACUCAACACUGAAAUAUUUCAUUAAUCUACUCCCUUGAAUUUAGCUGCUGCGCAGGAGAUUACGUCUGAUCGCGUGGCUCCCAGCUGACGUGGCUGUUAGGAGUAGGUUAACAAUUCGAGACCACACAGCAUCGCUUGUGCGGAUCGGAAUGUGGCAGCAGAGAAGCAGGAAGAUGAAAAUAACACCGGCGCGCAUCAACAUGUCCAAGUAGGUUCAUUAGAGCAGGGACGUUAUAUUAUGUUACCUUCGUCGGUGCAGUGCCGUAUCCUAACAAAGUAACCAAGUUUAUUAGAGCAGGACAUAAGUGAAACAUACCUAAACUGUUGCGGUCGGGAAUUUUUGAUUAAAUCGUGUCUAGAAAUGCAUCAGAAUCAAGCAUAAUUGCAAGUGAAGAGACAAUAAGGAUACGACUUUUAUUAUUCACAAUUCGGAAGAAGAAAGACGGCAAGCCCAGAAGACAUAGUUUUAGUUCGUUGUAUUUUAACGGGUCUGAGUUUUACUGAAAUAAAGUGUAUGAAAUUAUUGUAAAAAGGCAGCGCAGAUAUUCAUGUGAUGGCUCUUGUAUUAUAUCUAUUAAUAAUAACUUGUAAACUGAUUGUUAUUUGACAAAAUAAAUUA